AUGAGCGCCCCCAUCCCAAACCUCGACGACACUCCCACCAGGUUUGUCAGGAAUUGGCUCAGCUCCCUCCCCUACAACAUCGACGAGCCUUCCACAACCGACUUCGAAGCUGGUCCGCCAGCCCUGCAAAAUAGGACGAGGAAACGUCACCGAAUUCUUACGCCACCCGAUUCCGUAAACAUGGCACCAUCAUCCCCACUCAAACGGUCGCAACUGGGUGACGAAUCCCAUAGCAUCUCAACCUCCGAUGCCAGUAGCCAGCUGUCGGGUAGCUCCACGGGGUCUAGAUCGCCGACGAAGAGACGCAGGAGAACAGAUCGAAACCCGCAUAGGGUAAGACAUUUCGACAUGAGCGCCAACGCUCCCUCGUCGUUGCGCGAGAUAUGGAAACGAAUAAGAGAGUACUCCCGGGGAGUGGGCGAGAAUAUCGACGAGGCGAAAAAGAUUUGUCCCGAUAUGGAAGAGAUCAGAUAUUCGCUCUACUUCGACGACGCCUCCGUCAACACAACCGAUGGCUUGUCCCGACGCGUUCUGGGACCGACUCCUACGACACAGCAGGUGACGGAGAUGGUGUCCAGAGCCAAGAUGUGUCGCGACUAUGAGUUCGACGAGGCGGGCUGGAACACCAGUCUUCAUCACCACGUCAUCAAUCUGGCGGUACCGGAGUUUUACCAAGCGACAGGCAAACUUGUCUACAUGAUUCCGUGCACGAGUGCAAACACCCUUCCGGACCUUGUUCAGACAAGCGCAUUUCGGAAAGUCGAUUUCUGCCUCUGCAUCGAACCCACUGGUGCCGCCGCCCAAGCCAUCAAUAGAUUGGUGCUGACCGAGACGCCGUCUAUCAACCACACAGAGUACGGCGCCCUGAAAACACGUCCGAUUGUCCUUAGUAUCGAGACGAAGCUUCAGGGUGAAGGCCUAUCGGUCGCUGAGGCCCAGCUCCUGACCUGGCAUGCGAGCCAAUGGCGCAUGCUAGAUCGUCUCAUGGCCGGCACGGUUCCGCGGAUGCCACUGAUCGAUUUUCUUCCUGGCAUCAUUGUCCAAGGAAACGACUGGUUAUUCGUAGCGAGUACGAGAGAUGGAGAUGAGGUGACGUUGUGGUCGAAUCAGAUGAUUGGCUCGACAAGUGAACCGCUGGGGGUGUAUCAGAUUGUCUGUGUGCUCCAGUUCCUGAUAUCCUGGAUCGAGGACGUUUACUGGCCUUGGUUUCAGCAGGCCGUACUAUGCCUUCAUCCGGAGCCUGUGUAG